AUGGCGCGUUCAAAAGAGCUUACGCCUGCUAUACGAUGGGGGUAUAGACGUAUUCAUAACCGCUAUCCUUAUAUUCCAAUCUCUACAAUCCGGUACACUGUGAAAAAGGAGAGCGAGCGCCGAGCAGGCGUAUCAAAACCGCGAUCUGGAAGGCCAAAAAAGCUUACUGAAGCUAAUAAAGACCAGAUCUUGAACGCUAUCCACGGAAACCCAAAGAUUAUGGCCGAAGACCUCCUUGCUGAGGUUGAUCAUAAGGUCAAAUACCGCUCUAUACAACGUCUUUUAAAUGCGGAGAACCUCCGUAAAUAG